CAUUUCUGUAGUAUAUCUUCACAUUUUCUCUACUCAACAGUGGAGUUGAUGCAGCCAUGAUGAAGAGGUAUAACCCUCUUCCCUGAGCGUGAGGACGACUCGUGGAUUUGAAUUUAUUUCUGAUCUGCAGUCAUCGAUGAUCGUUCACCUUCUGUACUCUGUAUGGAAGGCAUGGGAAGUGGGUAUUCUGAGUGGUUUUUUAUUAUAUCUAAUACAAAAACAAUUAUAAUUUAUAAUAAACAAUUUUAGAAAAAAAUUGACUCUGCUCAAUUUUUGCAAGUUUACCUAGUAAAAUAUUUUUUUGCUCUUAAACUCCAACAUCAGAGGUGUCUUUACCAUUAAAUCUUUCUCAUCCUAAAUUUCUAAACAUCUUCUAAUGACUUUUUUAUUUUAGACCAUUUUUUUAUCAUUUAGGCUCCGCGUUUUGAAUUUUAAUAGCGACAUUGAACCCUAGAAAACGUUUUUAUGACCUUAAAAAGAAUAGAAAGUCUAUUUUCGGAGAAGACUUGAUUCUUUAGAAAAAUUGGAAUGUUUGAAGAUGAUGAGCAAUUCCAAAGCAAAAUUUAAUUAUUUAAAUGAGUUCCACUUAGAUUCUGAUCCGUAUCAACCGACUAAACAAUAAAAUUAAUGAAUAGAAUUUCCAUUGACUAGAAUUGAAUAACAGUUCAAAAAAUAAUCCUAAGGAAAUGUUAUUCUCGUUCAAACUACUUGAUAAUGGAAUGGUUGUCUCACGAUUAGUUCCAAACUCCUGAAAUCUUCCCAAGAUAAACUAAAUCCGAAGAGGAAGUGACCCCGAGCCCCGUCGCCCGCGAAAGACGACGAAGCAAAAUCAAAAAACAGCCCAGUGAAAAAAAAAAUUCGAAAACAAGGACGCGAGAUGUUGCGCGCGCAUCGCGCACUGGCGUUUCCCAGCAAAAUUGGUUUCUAUUCUCAGUAUAAAGAGCCCCUGCAGUGAAGUGAGACAGUCGGUUUUCUCCUCCACGACUGCAGCGCCUCCUCGAUAGUUGAAAAAAAAAUUUCCCUGCCAGCCAGCAGAUCGUGGCUGUGUGGCGGCCAGUCAAGAUAACGCAAGUGGUGACUCGUUCUCCACCGCUCCGUGCGCUCUGGCAACGUCGACAAGUGUUUCAUUCAAAUUAAAGGAAUUGAUAAAUUACGACGAUUAAAAAUACUUCAGUUCGGACUAAUGAUUGUGAAGUAAAAUCGCAUUAUAUUUUGAAAAUAUGACAGUAUUUUUCGUGGACUAAGUGCAGAGGGAGUGUGAUAACUCGAUCGAUCGAUUUCAAUGAAAAAAUCAUAAUUUUAAUAAUUUUUAAAGAAAAAGUGCACGAGUUAUCGUCAAAAUGUUCUCAGACGGUCACGAGGUGGACGGCAGCUGGGUACUGCGCGUCUACGUCACGGAUUUACAAGUUGAGCGGAGUCUUAGGGUCAAGGGGGACUUGCACAUUGGUGGAGUUAUGCUAAGACUCGUCGAAGAUCUUGAUAUUGCGAUGGACUGGUCGGACCAUGCGCUCUGGUGGUCCGAGAGAAAUUACUGGUUAACCAGAACCCGCAGCACCCUGGACCAAUACGGAGUUGCUGCUGACGCUUUAUUACAUUUCACGCCAAUGCAUAAAACUCUACGUGUACAGCUGCCGGAUAUGAGAUGCAUCGAUUGUCGUGUUGAUUUUUCAGUGAAGACUUUCAACGCUGUAAUAAAUCUGUGCAAGGAACUUGGAAUUAGGCACCCGGAGGAGUUGUCGUUCUGCAAACCACUGGAGCCACAUCACCUCAAGUGCAACUUGAAGGAUUUGUCGGCUAAAAAGAAGAUCGAGAACCAGAGAAAUGGCCAGUGGAAUGUUCCCGCGGACACCAAUACCUUCAUACCGGUCACGCAGAGCCCGAAGGGCUCCAACAGCAGUCUUGAGCAGAGCAGCCCUUUCCUCUGUGCACCAGUGACGCCAAAUAACAGAAAUCACAGCACUCCCAUCAGCUCACCCGUCACACACACAGCCACAUGGAAACGCAACAACAACUCUUCAGGGUUCGGCAGCACCGGCUCAUUCAACGCUAACAACAGUACAAUGUCACUGGAGGCAUUGAACGGUGGAUUAUCCGAGUCCCUCGCUCAAAGUCCCGCCUCUGUAUCACCCGACAUUCGCUCGAAAUUAAUCCGCCCAAAGAGCUUAAUCGAACGUGCCAGGAUGAAUGUCGCCUGGCUAGACUCAUCCCUAUCAAUAAUGGAACAGGGCAUCCGGGAAUUCGAUACACUUCGUCUCAAGUUCAAAUUCUACUCGUUCUACGAUCUCAAUCCAAAAACCGAUGCAGUCAGAAUAAACAUGAUCUACGAGCAGGCCAAGUGGCAACUCCUUGCUGAGGAAAUUGAUUGCACCGAGGAGGAGAUGCUCAUGUUUGCUGCACUACAGGUCCAGGUGAAUCUCCAGGCGAGUGUUCCCCAGCCUAGUUACGAGACGAAUGGAACGUCAUCACCAGUGGAGGACGAUAUUGAUGCUGCCCUUACGGAUCUCCAGGUGACAUUAGAGGGGAGCAGCAUCAGCAACGGCUCCUGCAAUAUCAUGGAGGUGCCUGAGCUGUGCGACUACCUGCGCUUCUUCAAGCCCAAACGAUUCACCCUCAAAGCCUACAAGAGAUACUGGUUCACCUGUCGUGAUUUACAGCUGAGAUUGUACAAGAGCAGGGAGGAGAGUAACAGCUCAGAACCACCUGCACAUGUCAUUAAUUUACGUGGGUGUGAAGUCACACCUGAUGUCAAUCUCGCCCAGGGCCGUUAUGGGAUUAGACUGGAGGUGCCCAGUGCUGAUGGCAUGACGGAGAUGUGGAUCAGAUGCGAAACUGAGCAACAAUACGCCAAAUGGAUGGCAGCCUGUCGCCUAGCUGCCAAAGGUCGUUCCCUAGCUGAUUCCUCCUACGAGAGCGAGGUGAGCAACAUAACAGCUUUCCUCCAGCUGCAGAGACCAGCCCCAGCCCCAGCAAUAAGUCCCAACUCCCUCGACAUAAUCCCCGAGGACUACGUGGCACCCAGAUUCGCCAAGAAACUGAAGGGGAAAAUCGUCCAGAGAAUUUUGGAAGCUCACGCCAACGUCAAAGAUCUUCCCCUCGUCGAGGCUAAACUAAACUACAUAAAAGCCUGGCAAUCUCUUCCUGAGUAUGGCAUCUCCCUCUUCAUCGUCAGAUUCUCACCGAAAACCAAGGACGAACUCCUGGGUAUUGCCAACAACAGAUUGAUGAGGAUGGAUCUUCACAGUGGGGAUCAUCUCAAGACCUGGAGAUACAACACCAUGAAGGCGUGGAACGUCAACUGGGAGGUCAAGCACAUGAUGGUACAGUUCGAGGAGGAGAAUAUUAUCUUCGAGACACAAUCGGCUGACUGCAAAGUCGUUCACGAGUUCAUUGGAGGGUACAUAUUCCUGUCGAUGAGGUCCAAGGAGGCCAAUCAGACACUCAACGAGGAGAUGUUCCACAAGUUGACUGGGGGGUGGGUGUAGAACCCCUCCAGUCGGAAAAGGGCUUUUUUUAGAAGAAUGAUGGGCAAACAGUGUUCACUAAAUGUUGCAGUGCAAAAGUAUUUAUGAUUCAGAGCAGAGAUAAAUACUAAAUAUUGAAGUAUUUAAUAUUUUUCCAAAUUUUAAAUAAAUAGAUAAAUAAGAAAGACAAAUAAUGAAUAAAUAAAGGAAUAAAUUAAUAUUUAGUAUUUUUAGUGAUGCUAAAUAUUGAAUGAGGUAUUUAUUAUUUUAGUUUCCAUGUAAUUAGAAGAUUAUUUAGUUUUGCCCAUCACUUUUAAAAUUUUUUGUACAUAAAGAUGUUGGGUAUGUCCUCAGGUGGAUUAUCAAUAUUCGUGUCCACUGAUUAUUUAUGUAAAGUGCCUAAUACGUUGAUAGGAGGUACCCUAGUGCCUGCAAUUACUGUUCUCUGUCGAGCGAUUGAUUUGUCAGUAAAAUCGGUUGGAGCUUGUCGUGUGGUAUAUCAUGAUGAUCAUGAAGUUAUGAUACAUGUCUAAAGAAUUUUAUUUUAAUACUUUAACGAGAAUUUUUUUUACUAUUUUAAUUUAACGAUUUCAGGUCGGCAUAAUAGCAGGUCUCGAUUUCAUUUUAAGCCUUUAUUUGAGACUCACUGCUGCAGGUUCUGGUGGAUUCUUUAUAUCACAAGGUGCUUACCUGCAGCGGGGGAGCAAUAUUUUAUCCAUGUAAACUGUAAAUUAUUGGCUAAUGUGAAGGAAAUUUAUUCUCUUUUCACUUAUCAUCCGUUACUCAUUCAUCGAUUUUAAUGCUUCUACUUAUUAUUCGUAUGUACAUUUAACCAAAAAUUAUACAUGAAAAAUUCUAGUUUUGUAUAUUAUAUAGAUCGUAGUUGUAUAAUGAAGAUUAAUAUUAUUCAACAA